UGUUGCUGGAUGAUAAAAAACAAGCUUACAUCACCAUGUUCGGGCUUGGUUAAAUAAUUGGAGACAGUUAUUUACAGAAGCCGCAGCCGUGUCCUCGGAGAGGGGACGGGGGAGCCAUGGCGCCUGCGCAGUCCGUCCUGGCGGCUGCAGUGUGCAUCCUCAUGAUAACAGAGCUGCUGCUGGCCAAGAAGGACUACUACAACAUACUGGGAGUACCCAAAAGUGCCACAGAGCGACAGAUAAAAAAGGCUUUCCACAAGCUUGCUAUGAAAUAUCACCCAGAUAAGAACAAGAGCCCAGAUGCUGAAGUGAGAUUCAGGGAAAUUGCUGAAGCUUAUGAAAUUUUAUCAGAUGAGACCAAAAGAAGAGAGUAUGAUCAGUUUGGUGAUACUUCAUACUUCGCCAGGGAAGGCCAAGGCAGAGAAAAACGAGGAGCCCAACAACCUUUCACCUUUAACUUUGAUGACAUGUUUAAAGAUUCUGACAUCUACAGCCAGAACCGGCACGCCCGUCAAAGAAAGCAGUUUGAGGAACACUCCAGGUCCCACAAGGAGUCCCACAGCAAACACAAGAGACAAUUUCAAAGUGGUUUCGGUGCAGGUAUCUUUGAUGACAUGUUUGAUGACAUAGAGAGAAUGUUUACUUUUGAAAGACACAACAAACAGACUGAAAGUAGGUUUCAUGGAGCAUCGAAGCAGCACUGUAGGACUGUAACCCAGCGCAGAGGAAACAUGGUGACCACAUACACAGACUGCACGGCAUCGUAAAAAGGAUUUAUGACUUAAAAUACAAAACAAAUGCUGUGGAAAAAUGCAGUGUUGUUGUAAGCUCACAUUCAAUUUUAUCUAUACACUUUGUUCUCUUUUUAAGAUGCUCCCUAAAUAUAUUUAAGAAUUUAUAAACGAUUGGAGUCGUUAUCUGUUUACUGAUGUCAGUUUAUAGGGAGUGUUUCCUAUAUUUCUUUAAAGCACCUUCUUUCAGGAAUGGACUUCAGAAAAGUUACAGCUAUGAAAAGUCUGGCUCAGUAUAACCCAGGAAUGAAUUUGUCAGGCCACUGUUAGCUAUUCAUAAAGGCCAUUCCCACCAAGAACUAUGAAUGAGAGCAUCCAUACGGAUGAACGAUAAUGUUCUGUGAUGUUACGCAUGUGCACUGGCCUCAAGCUGUAGCCAUCCUGCAAAAUGAACUUUUCGGGCUGCUGCCACUGUUUUGUGUUGCACAGAAAAAGAAAGCAUCCAUGCAAAGUCUCAAAGCAGUACAACGGAACUUUUGACACUUUUAGUCCAGUGAGCCUCCCUACAAACAUGGUGGUCAAGUCACUUUUAUGUUGCCGUUCAAUUAGUUGGUUCGGUCUCUUAACUUGGUAACAAUCCAGUUUUUCCUCUUCUGUCAUUACUUUCUUGAGUCUCUGAAUCGUCUCUCCCAUAAUGCCCAUUGAAGCUCUGGGAUUUAGUUUCAUUCACUGUUGAUGUGGGACAUAGUGGCAUACAUGAUCCACAGUUGGGCCAAAACAGACCCAGGACGGUAGUCCAAAGUUACUAAGGCUGGUUUUUGCCAAUAGCAGAGACAGAAGACUGACGGGUAGAAAUAGUUACUUACUUUCUAAAAGUCAGCAAAUGUUCCUUGAAAUUACAUUAAAACUGAUAUUUUAACAGCAAAAAGAAAAUUCCUUUGUGCUGCUUUAAAUUUGAGUUAUAUUUACCAAUAUUUUUUUAUGCUUCUUGGUGUGACUGGCCCUUGAUACUACGUUGGUCAGUUUUUAGUUUCUUUGUGCAGAAAAAAAUACAGCAGUUCGAUGUGUUUUGCUUACUAUUGUCAAAUGGACAUCAGCUUUCACAAAAGCCCCCCCCCCCCAUGUUUUCAUGAAUAUCUUGUGUAUUGCUGUUUGUUUGUACUACUUGAAACAUUUCUAUGCUCUACAGUGCCAGCAAUUUUAUUUUUUCACGAUUUGUUAUCUUAUCCAUUGUGGUUAAACCACUAUUAUCACUAUGUUAAAGUAACUGUAAUUGUGAAAGUGUGAAACAGAAAAUACACCACAAGGAAGGAGGACGUACAGUUUUAGAGAAAUGUUUUCAGUCCCAUCCGUGUGAAAAUAGUUAGAUAUAGAAGGGUCAUUCAUUAUGAUGAGUAUAAUUAUGCUUUUAUUUACAGUUUUAGUAAUGGUUUCUAAAAUAGUUUACCGAUUGCUGAAAAUGACAGAAGAUUGCUGUUCAACUUCACAUGAAAUGUUUAGUUGUUAUUUCAUUAGGUCCCUAUUUGCAUAAGGAACUAAGAUUAGAGGACAGUGGGUUAUUAUCAAUAUGUAAAUAUUUCCACUUUGAAAUCAAAGUAUUGAAUCUGAAUGAUAUGACCAUAAAUAAUCAAAUGUUGAUUAUUUUGGUUUCUAAAUGGGCUGUUGGACAAACCAUGAAGAUGUUCUGUGUUUGGUGAAACUUGCAGGCCUGUUCCACUGUCAGCUGGUCACAGUGCCGCCUGAAGGCAAAAGCUUCGCUUAUUUGUGUUAUUUGGCAUAUUUGUGUUGAUGCGGCUUUUUUCUGCUUAUAGGCACACUGAAUACUAAAGUAUUGAAGAAAUGUUGGAUGUAUACACACAAGCAGGAGAUCCUGUAUAUGAUCUGCAUCUGAAGAUAUCCAUUUGUUGACAAUUGUGAUGAAAGCACUAUCAGCGCUCUCAUCCAGUAUCAUCUGUUCUCUCAUUCCCGACUGUGUGUUGUGCAAUAUUUUUCAUACUUUUCAUUAUGUUGUAAAAUGGCACUUUAAUUAUUUUUUGUAAUAAAUCGUAGAACUCUU